ACAGCUCUGCCGGAUGCAUCUUCAGACUUGGCUGAAAGCGACGACGAUGACGAGCCCAACAAACAACAAACCUCCCAGCUGAAGAAAGAGAGAGGGCUACAGCUAGUAGUAGAGAGCAGAGGAAGAGGUUGCUUGUAUUCUUUUUAAAAUAGACAAGAAAGAUGUUCCUGUCAAGUUUCCGACUUCGAGUACUACCGAGAGUCUUGCAGAUAUCGAGGCCAUUGCCAUUUCGUGCGCUGCAGCGAUUGGCAGUACAACAACAUCAUGCAGUAGUAGCACCAUCCACAAAUGGUAUUUUCUCGCAACAACAGGCCACAGCAACAACAAGAUGGUUUGCCAGCAGCGCAACAAUGCCGGACAAGGAAUUGAAAAAUCGCCUCGAAGAUUUUCAAGAACUCUUUGUGGAAGCUCGAUUGUGUAUUGAAGAUUGCAACGAUUCGGCUGGAACCAAAUAUUUCGAUGAAGAAGCCGAAGCCGCUACCGAAGCAGUCGAGGAGGCUGUGGCGGCGUUCAAAGCAUUGAUUUCUGAUAUUGAGGAUGAAGAUCAAAAGAAUCGUAUCUUGAGAGGAAAUGGUCUCAAGGUGGAGCAACUCAAGGGAGAAUUGGAAAUGGCAAUCAAAGGUGGUGGUGAUCAUCACUAGUCACAUAGUUGGACAGCCGAAGAAUGGCAGCUGAGAUUGAAAAGUGCGAUCGAGGAAACAGUGACGAAACCUAAUAUUUCCAGCCACAGUCAAUGUAAUAGAAAAUCAGGAAUUCACUUUUCU